AUGGCCACAAGUAAGGUUCCCAUUGCCACCAGCAGUGUCACCGUGGCCACCAGUGAGUUACCCGUGGCCACCAGCACGGUUCCUGUGGAUACCAGUGAUGAGCCCAUGGCAACCAGUGAUGUCACUGUGGCCACAAGUGAUGUCCCGGUGGUGACCAGUGAGGUCCAUGUGGACACCAGCAAGGUUUCCCUGGCAACCAGCGAGGUCCCUGCAACCACCAGUGAUGUCCCCAUUGCCACCACAACAAAUGAGGUUUUGGUUGCCACCAGUGAUAUCCUUGUGGCCACCACUGAUGUCUCCGUGCGUACCAGUGAGUUCCCUGUGGCACCAGUGAGGUCCCUGUGGCCACUCGUGAGUCCCAAUGACCACCCCCAGAUCCCCGUGCCCACCAGUGAUGUUUCCAUGGCUACCAGCAACAUCUCCAUGGUCACCACUACCAGUGAUGUUUCCAUGGCCACUACUAAGGUUCCCGUGGCCACCAAUGACGUCCAGCAGUGUCCCCGUGGCUACCAGUCAUGUCUCCAUGCCUACCAGGAGGUUACAGUGGCCACUAGUGAUGUCUAUGUGGCCACCAGUGUGUUCCGCAUCGUUACCAGUGAGGUCCCCGAAGCAAUCAGUGAAAUCUCUGUGGCCAACAGUGAUGUCCCCGUGGCUACCAGUGAGGCCCCUGUGGACAACAGAGAGGUCUCUGUGACCACCAUUGAGGUCCCCAUGCCACCACUUAAGGUCCCUGUGGCAGCCAUUGAGAUCCCUGCGGGCACUAGUGGGUCCCAUAGUCCAACAGCCAGUUCCCUGUGGCCAUGUGACCCUGUGGUGACCAGCAAGGUGCCUGAGUCCAUUUAUGAUGUCACUGUGGCCACUAACAAGGUCCACGUUUCCACCAGCGAAUUUCCUGUGUCCAUCAGCAAAGUCUCCUUGGCCACAAGUGACAUCCCUGUGGCUACCAGUCUCUUCCGCGGCCCCGACCGGUGCUGCCGGGAGCACGACCAGUGCUCGGCGCAGAUCACGGCGCUGCAGUUCAACUACGGUAUCCGCAACUACCGCCUGCACACCGUCUCCCACUGCGACUGCGACGCUAGGUUCCGGCAGUGCCUGCUGGCUCUCAACGACACCAUCUCCAACAUCAUCGGCGUCACCUUCUUCAACCUGCUGGAGGUGCCGUGCUUCGUACUGGAGGAGAGUGAGGAGUGCAUCCAGUGGCACUGGUGGGGAGGGUGUGAGCGUUACGGUGUAGUACCCCUGGCCAGGAUGGUGCAGCAGAAUCAGUACCACUACAGCCCACCCAUGCAGGAGGUGGGCAGCUCUGCUGUGCAGCCCCCAGGCAAAGGAAAGAAGUCUUCUAGAACAGGGCGCAAACAGCUUCGACAAAGACUGGGGCAAAACCCCAGGCUCCGCCAGGCACAGAGACCUGCAUCUACCAGAGACAAGGCUGAGCCCGCAACCAGGCACCCAGCAGCACAGUGGGGGCUGGAGCCUGGCCCCCCAACAGAAAUGACCGUGUUGGAACAGGACCUUGCUGGAGGAAAGCGAGUGCCUGCAGGAACACAGCACAGGGCUGGGGGCUCAGCACACCCUGCCUGCACUCAGGAUGGCAGCAUCAGAUCCAGACUGGCCCCAGCACGCUGUGGAGACACCCCUCUGCCUGACAUGGACAUGCGCAGGCAGCAUGGCCCUCGCAGGGUGUGCAGGUACUACAAGCACCUGGAUAAGUGCGAGCACCACAUUGCCCCCAAUGAGGUGAAGUACCAGCUGCACAACACAGGCACGCAGAUGCUAUUCCACUGCAACUGCACUCACAGGCUGGCACGGUCCCUGCACAGGGCAAGGAACCUCAGUGACGUGGAGGUGGCUGUCCUGGCUGACCAUAUCACCACGGACUGCUUUGUUCUGGAGCCACCCGCUGACUGCAGCCCAGGCAAGGGGCCACAGCACAACUGUAAUGCAGUGACCCGGGCUCUGCUAGUACCUGCACGGCAUCUCAAAAAGACCCUGAGGCACUGGGGUCUUCCACAUGCAACCUCCAAGGCCAAGCUUCCAGACUGGAAGACACAGGACAGUGAUAAUACCCUCUAUGAGCGAUGCCUGCGGCUGGUCUUGGAGCAGAAGCCAGCAGUUCAGCACCAUGCAGUGCUCCAAUGAUGCCCAAGAAGCACUGCCUUGCAUGGGGAGGAAGACAUGCUGUACAGCAGCCACAAAGUGGAGCUGUGUGAUUUCUGGUACUUGAGACAAAGGAUGGCACCGAGCAUGGCUGCUAAUGUGACUGCAUGGAGCUGGGGUUCACAGCUGGAGCAGGGGCAGGCAGAGGGACAGAGAAGCCUCUCAAGGCACUGCAGCUGCAGGGGAGGGCUAUGGCUGCCACCCAUGAGCACCAAAGCAAGGGGAAAGGAACAUGAGGGCUUGAGAAAGGAGAAACCCAGGAUCUUCCUUGCCUGUUGUGCCAGGA